CAGAAGUGUAAGGAGGAAGGGCUGCUCCCUCAUUUCCACCAGGCUUCAGUCCCUGGACCUUACACUUCUCAUGUAAAAACAGCAUCAGAGCAAGGACUGAAUCUGAAUGCUCACCACUGGCUCACCAGCAUUUGCCGCAUUUAGAGGCUUUCAGCAAAUACGGUGUUACCCUACAGAUCACUAACUGAUUAGAAAGUGGAGGUCACUGCUGUAACCACGAGUCAAAUUUAACAUCAUCAAUAAAGGACCAACGGACCCUGUAAAGUGAUGCACCAAGAAGGGACAAGACAUCUGCCCAAAAUGCUUAACUUGAAUCUCAUUAUGAGGACACAAUCAGACAAAUCCAAACAGGGAAACAUUCUGCAAAACAGCAAAGUCUGGGUUUCUUCGAAACUGUCAGUGUCACAGGAGAAAACAACACAGAAGAAAACAAAACUCCGGAACAGUGUUCUUGAUUAAAGGAGCCUGAGAGAAAGAACUCUGUAAUUCUGCGUCCCAUCCUGAAUGAGGAAGCUAUGGAAACUCUGCUCUCAAAACUGAGACGGAGAUGUUUGAGAAAUAUUAUAAUAAGCUGGAGCCCAGGGAUCAGCGACAUCCACGGUUAUCAGAAAUUAAAAUAUCAGGAGCAGAAUUUGCACAGUUACGAGGCAGGCGUAGGUCCAAGUCCCGCAUGGGUAUGGACCGUGUGAUAGGCCUCAGUUGUGACCAAAAAUGUGAGCUUGUACAAAAGGAGCUGGAAGACAUGAAGGAUGAAAUAAGGCACAUGAGAGCAAAUGCUGAACGAGAUCUGCAGCAUCAUGAGGCUAUCAUUGAGGAAGCUGAAAUUCGAUGGGCUGAAGUUCAGAGAGCAGCGUAUGAUUUUAAAAAAGAUAUCCUAAAAACCAUAUCCAAGAAGAAAGGGAGUAUUUUGGCCACUCAGAAAGUGAUGAAGUACAUUGAGGACAUGAACCGCCGGAGGGAUAAUAUGAAGGAUAAAUUACGUUUGAAAAAUGUUUCUCUCAAAGUGCAGAGGAAAAAGAUGCUUUUACAAUUGAGGCAGAAGGAAGAAGUGGGCGAGGCUCUCCAUGAGGUUGAUUUUCAGCAGCUGAAGAUCGAGAAUGCUCAGUUUUUAGAGACAAUUGAAGCAAAGAAUCAAGAACUGAUCCAGCUAAAGUUGGCGUCCGGAAACACCCUGCAAAUCCUCAAUACUUACAAAAGCAAGCUACACCAGGCAAUGGAAAUGUCCAUCAGUCUGGAUAAGGAGAUCUUGCUGAGAAAUGAGUUACUUGAAAAAAUUGAAAGAGAAACCCUACAAGUAGAACAGGACCGGGCCAAGGCUGAGGCUUUGAACAAAAAGCUCCGCAAGCAGCUGGCUGAGUUCCGCUCGCCCCAGGUGAUGGUGUAUGUGCGGGAGAAGAUCUUCAAUGGGGAACUGGAGAAGACCAUCAAGAUGUGGGAAAGGAAAGUGGAGAUUGCUGAGAUGUCCUUAAAAGGCUACCGCAAGGCGUGGAAUAAAAUGAAAACCACCAAUGAGCAGUUGCAGGCAAUUUGCCCCUCUGAGAAAUAGCCUGAGGGAGGCCACGGCUGCAGACCAGCGGGAUCCAUUAAAGUCAUCAGUUCCUUUCCA